AUGAAUAGUAAGAAAAGGAGUAGGAGUGGAAAAAGCGAAUGUAUUACUUUGCCACUUGAGAAAACUGAACUUUUGAUUGAAAGCAUACACAACCUGAGGAACGCAGUAGCUGUUUAUAGAAAGGAAUUACAAGAGAAGAAUAAAUGCAUUAGUGAAGUUAAGGAAGACUUGAAUUUUUAUAAAUGCUUGGUAAGAAAUAUUAAUGUAGUGUGGAAUAUUUUUAACGAUGAUUUGUUGAUAUUAGCAGGAGAAGGUGUGGAGGGGGAGGUUAGCGCUGAUGGGCGAUGUCAUGGGAAGGGGAGAGUUUGCGAAGAUAAGGAUAAUUCUCGUUCUGAUGGGGAAAGGCAACCCGAAGAAGAAACGUGGCAUUGCAAAAAUGAAGCUGCCCCCUAUUACAAUGUUGAACAGAUUAAAAAUAUUUUUUUAAAAUACGUGAAUAAGCAUAGGAGGGAAGGCGACGAGGAGGAGAACUCCGACGAAGAGGACUCCGACUUUUUUAAGAACCCAUCGGAAGAGGACAAGGACGAGAAGAAUGAUGAGAAUGAUGAGAAUGAUGAAAAUAACUCCGAUGAGGAGGAUGGGAAGAAGAUGAAUGUAAAUUCGAAGGAGGAAAUGAACUUGGAGGGCAAGUUGAAAGGGGGGGUGGAGCGGUUCACUGCUACGGAGCAAUCUCGGCGAAGGGACCGCUCCCCCUCCACCGGCGUGAAGGUAAAGAGGGAAAGAGGAGAAUCAAAGGGAGAAGAAGUCGCCGCAGAUGUACAGAACGGAAGGGAACUGGAUGAUAAAUUACAAACCAUCCUUCUGUCGAACAUGAGGAAGACCAUUGAUAUGCUAAACACAGUGUUACACUCUGCAAAAAAGAACGUGGCCCUGAAUUACAAUAAAGAUUUUGUUAGAAAAAUAAAUUACGAAAAAAUGUUAUACUAUGAUAAAUUUAUGAAUGAGAAGAAAAUGAAGAAAGAAAUGGAGAAUAAGUGUGAUGAACUGAAGAUUGAAUUGGAUCGACUAGAAAAGAAGAGAACUCUUCUCCUUUUUAAGUUGAACAGUGAGAAUAUAUGUAGCAACAUUCUUCAGGAGGAGGAGGAGAAGAUGCAUAACUUCGCAAAAGACACCCUAAGUGGGGUGUGUGUGAAAGGGGAAGAUACGGUUCAAAAUAAGGGCAAGGAUACAGUGUGCGGAAAGUGCGGCUUCGUGAGUAAUGAGAGUGGGAAAGCAGGAGAAGGUGGUGUGAAAGUUGGUGUGAAAGGCGGUGUGAAAGGUGGUGUGAAAGGUGGUGUGAAAGGUGAUGUGAUGGAGGAGAUGAUAAGUGGGAGCAGUUUAGCAAGUGGUGCAUGUGUUUCCAAUGAAAACCCCGCAAUGGUCUGUCUACUCAACCUUGAAAAAGAGAUAACGAAGGAAAAGAUACUUCACAGUGAACCGUUUAAGCAACUGAUAAAGGAGUCCACCGAAGUGUAUGAACAAUUGAAGGAGAGAGAAGAGGAAAUUGUUCUGUUAAAAAACGAACUGUUAAAGAAGGAGCAAAUGCGUGAUGAAGAAUACGAGAAUCUCCUGAACGAUACCAUUAAUGAUAAAAAAUGCUUGUCGAAAAAAAUAAAAAAUUUGGAGGUUGACGUUAUGAUAUCUACUAUGGAAAGGGAGAAAAUGCAAAAUAAGGUGAACCUGUUGGAGCAUGAGAUUCAGACAUUGAAAGGGAUAGAAGCGAACCAAGUAAUGCAGUUGGAGCAGAAGGAGAAAGAAAUAUGUAGGAUGAAAGUUUCAAUUGACAAAUUAAAGGUAUCUGAAAGUACCUUACGAGAAAAAAUUUUAUCCUUAGAAAAUGGAGGAGUUGUGAGCGACACAGUUCUGAAUGGAGGAUGUGACAAAUUGGUAGGCCUGGUGGGGGAUGAUUUACACAACGAACUGCUUGAGGAGAAUAAGCAACUGAGACUUGCUCUGGAAAAAAAAAAAAAUGCAGAAAAUGAAUUGUCCAUAUUGAAAAAAAACUACGAUGCAAUGAGUGAAGAAAUAGAAGAAAUAACGAAGGAGUUUGAGAAGAAGCAGGAACAAGUAGAUGAAAUGAUUAUUCAAAUAAAAAACAAAGAGUUGGAAUCUCUAGAAAAAUACAACAACUCAAUGAACAAAACGUACGUCGAAGAAAAUAUCAAAAAGCUAGAGCAAACUUAUGAUGAAAAAAUAUCAUCCAUAAAUCGGUUAUACGAAAAGUAUGAAAAAUUUGCGCAUUUAUACUUAUCGUUAUUUUACCAUGCCAGAAGAAGAGCUGCCAUUUCUGAUAAUGCGCAUGAAGAGCAAAUGAGUUUGUUCAUUAAGAUGAAGGAGAAGUGUGAGUCAAUAUUCCAGAGGAAGAAUGAGCUAGCCGAAAUUCUGCAAACAGUAUAUGGUUCGAAUAGGAAAUUAAUGGAUAAAUGCAACGUAUUGUAUAGAGAAAAUCAGCACCUUGCGAAGAUUGCUACAUCUUGUAAAAGCAGAAAAGAUCUAAAGGAUGCAUCAUCGAAAGGGGAGGCCAAAGAAGAAGAAGAAGAAGAAAAAUUGGAGGAGAGUCAAUUACUUAUCGAGGAAAACAAGGAACUACGUAGAAGGCUAAUGUGUAGCGUCUGCAUGGAAAAUUUCCGAAAUCACAUUAUUGUUAAGUGUGGUCACAUAUUUUGUGAGAGUUGCAUUUUUAGUAAUUUGAAAACGCGGAAUAGGAAGUGUCCACAGUGCAAAAUCCCUUUCGAUAAGAAGGAUUUGCAGAAGAUUUUCCUCGAUUGA